AUGGCAUUUAUUAAACAUGCCUGGUUCGCGGGUAUCCACAGCACACAACUGAGUGAAAACUUCAAUGGUUGCUUGAAGGCAUACUUAUCCAGGCAACUAAUUCUUCCAGAUUUUUUCACACACUUUGAAAGGCUGUUGUCUGACAAACAUUACAAGGAGUGUGUAGCCAAGUAUGGGUUGCUCCACAAUCUACCUCAACUGAAAAUAAACUGUAACAUAUUAGUAAAGGCGGCAAACCUGUACACAAAGGUUAUAUUUAAUUGUUUCCAGGAGGAGUUCUUAGCAGCUGGUGCCAGUCAGAGGAUCAUUGGUUGCAGUCCUAUCGAGGGCAACGGAGGCCAUGUUUACAAAGUUGUUGGUGAGGAUGGAAUGCAACGCGAUGUCACGAGGACAUCAAAAGAUGAAUUGUUUUGUUCUUGUUGUAAAUUUGAAAGGGAGGGUAUUAUGUGCAGGCAUAGUUUGAAAAUCCUAAAGGACUCCAUGUUUGCCAAUACAUUGUCUCGUCGAUAUAUAUUAAGAAGGUGGACUAGAAGUGCAAGAGAUGGCAGCUUGGAGGAAAAUCUUUCCGGUGAAGUGAUUGCUGAUGCUGAUCCAAAAAUUGAGGUUAGGAGACGGCACAGGGUACUUUGUCGUAUUCUAACUGAAAUUUCGUCCAUUGUAUCGGAGGAUAAGGACAGAUACAAUGAUUUGUUAGUGAAAGCCAUGGAGUGGAAAAAAAUUGCCCAAUCAAGUUGUAGGCAUAGGUUUGCUGAGAGGAAUGCAAUUUAUAUUGCUGGUAAAGGCAAAAACCAAUAUCACGGGAGCAAUAUAAAUACUGACAAAAUCCCCAAUGGCCUCAAGCGUAAAGAUACACGGAAAGGAAAAUUUAAGAGGUUAAAACCGACCAUGGAGCUAAAGAGUCUCGAUAAGAGAAAAUCACUUAAACGAACAGUUCAGCUUCAGAAUUGCAAUGAAGCCCUUCAAUCCGGAGAUGCAGGUGCCAGUAGUCAUAGUUGA